AUGAGAGAUCCCCGCGCAGCCAAGCGGAGAAGAGUCUCCGAGGAUGCAGCCCACGAUGAAGACGGCGAUAUCGCCAUGGGAAAUGAAGGUGAUGAUGUCUACUCCGCGCCCUCGUCUCCUGAUGCCGACCCGGAUUCCGAAGAGGACCAGGAAUACCGCGGCCCCCGAUCAAGACCAUCCCGACGACAAUCGACACGAAGAAAAAGUGUACAAGUACCUGAAGGGCUUGGAUUAGAUGAUGCAGAUGAUGCGCCGGUCACAGAGACACCGAGGAGCACACGGGCUAGCGGACGGCAGCGCAAAGCGCCCCAGCGAUACGAAGGGGAUGGCCAGACACCUACUUCGACGCGGAGGGCAGCUGCUACACCUCGCAGUACUCGCGGAGCAAGAAGUGCUCAGAAGGCGAGACAGGAUUCUGUAGAUGACGAGGACAUGGAUAUCGACGAGAAAUCGCCCAAACCACUGGCAAGGACCAGAUCGAGACGAGCUGCCGCCAAACCGAAAUCGAAUGGAACAAAUGCUGCAGUGGUGAACGAGGAUCAAUCGGACUCACUGGAGACUUAUAAUGAUGGUCUUGAUGAUCUCGUCGCGCUGCAGCUCCAACAAGAUCUGCAUCAUGAACAGCCUGAGGUGGAGGACAGCGUGGAGAUGGCAGAGCCCCUUCCUGAGUAUGUGGAAGCUCUACAAAAUCUCUGCCACCAGGGAAUUGAUAAAGAGGUUCGCAUUCUCACAAGUUACCUUGUGGAGAAGCUUGCUGGGAAGCGACAGAUUCCCCUCAAAGGACUGGACAGCGAAUACAACAAGGUCAACCAUCUGCUUGAGCAAACAGUCAGCGUGGGUGAAGGUAACUCAAUGCUCCUUCUUGGGUCCCGAGGUUCUGGAAAGACAGCAAUGGUCGAAACGAUCAUUUCAUCUCUUGCGAAAGAUCACGGGGAGGACUUCCAUGUCGUUCGUCUGAACGGCUUUCUCCACACUGACGACCGUCUAGCUCUUCGGGAGAUGUGGCGUCAGCUUGGUCGUGAGACCAACACCGAGGACGACACUAUCAAGAUCAACUCUUAUGCAGAUACAAUGGCAACUCUCUUGGCUCUGCUCUCUCAUCCCGAGGAGCUAUUCGGAACUUCUACAAACAAAAAUGGGGUGACUGCUGCCAAGUCUAUCAUUAUAAUUCUCGAUGAAUUUGACCUGUUCGUCACUCAUCCUCGGCAGACUUUGCUUUACAACCUUUUCGAUAUUGCGCAAGCCCGAAAAGCGCCGAUUGCGGUGCUUGGGCUUACCACCAAAGUCGACGUGACUGAGAUGUUGGAGAAACGUGUUAAGAGUCGAUUCAGCCACCGAUAUGUAUAUGUUCCACUCCCGAGAACAUAUGAAAUUUUCUCGGAAAUUUGCAUGGCAAGUUUGGAUCUCAAUGAGAACGAAACUCUACAGAUUGCAGAUACACUCGGUUCUGAGCGUGCUGUCCUGGAAACAACAGGCUGGAAGACACUACUGGAGGGCUGGAAGUUAUAUCUAAAGCACAUGUGGGAGGACAAGGAGUUCCAGUUCCACCUCAAGCGAAUCUACCACCAGACCAAGUCCGUAAAGGACUUCCUGACAAGCGCACUGUUGCCAAUCAGUGAACUGAAUCUCAGCACCCAAGCUGCCGAUAAGCUCGCAAUGCAAAUUCCCAUUCCAAAGAGCUUCGCCUCACAAUCUCUUUCCUGCUCUGACCCAGCACCUCUUCCAUUUUCCGCAUCUAUCACCUCUUCAUCGAGUCCUUCAUCAUUACCACUGGCCUUGCUCCUCGCCGCGACCCGCCUAGCAGCACUUUUCGACCCAGGACUCGACGGUCCCCAAUCGCAGAGCGUGGCACCACUCGCACUAUCAUUCCCAGCUGCCUACGCCGAAUACGUGCGGCUGCUCACAUCUGCCAAAACAUCCGCCUCGGUAUCUGGUGCCGCCGCCACACCCGGUCGAGUUUGGGGCCGGGACGUGGCCCGCGAGUCCUGGGAAAAGUUAGUUAAUUGGGCACUGGUCACGCCAGUCGGUGGCGGAAACGGCACAGCUGAUGGACAGAUGUUCCGUGUUGAGAUCAGCUUUGAGGAAGUAGUCGAGAUGGCCGGUUCGGACAGUUCUCUUGGCCAAUGGUGGAGAGAUGGUUGA